AUGUCUUUCUACUCAUACAGCCUGAGUAAGCCCAUAUUCAGGAGCAGAGUACAGAACAUCGUCUCUCCAGAAAGGCUAUUGUACAAGCAGCCCAGUGUCUUGGUGGGUCGUACUGAUGUGGUGGCAGUCACCCCAUGGUUGGCACCCAUCGUCUGGGAAGGAACCUUUGACCCUAACCUCGUCGACAUAAUCUACAAGUCCAUGAACCUCACCAUAGCAACAACAGUGUUUGCCGUUGGAAAAUACGUCCGCCUUCUCCAAGAUUUCCUGGAGACAGCAGAGAAGCACUUCAUGGUCGACUUCAACGUGCGCUACUACGUUUUCACUGAUCGUCCCGAUGAUGUUCCAUCAGUGAACCUGUCCCAGGGGAGACAUUUGAGUGUGAUCCAGGUCCCAGGUUCAAACCGCUGGCAGGAGAUAUCAGCCCGGAGGAUGGAGAUCAUUCAGACAGCCAUCGAACGUCAGAUCAGCAGGGAGGCCGACUACAUCUUCUGUCUGGACGUGGACAGCAAGUUCCACGCUCGCUGGGGGGCCGAGUCUCUGGGCAGGCUGGUUGCUGUGAUUCACCCAUGGUUUUACCAGGCGACCCGUGACCUCUUCACAUAUGAACGGCGCCCAGCCUCGACAGCCUACAUCCCCAUGGAUGAGGGAGACUACUACUACGCCGGGGCUGUGUUCGGAGGGUCCGUGGAGGAUGUGUACACACUAACAAAGGUAUGUCAGAAUCAGCUUGAAGAGGACGCGAGGAAUUCCAUCGAGGCUGCCUGGCAGGAGGAGAGUCACCUCAACAGGUACCUGCUUUACAACAAGCCCAGCAAGCUGUUGUCUCCAGAGUACCAGUGGGAUGACAAGAAGACCAAAACCAAUGAGGUCAAAGUCAUUCGCUUCUCUUCUGUCAUUAAAAACUAUGCUGAAAUUCGUCCCAAUGUAUAGGACUAGGAAUUGGAUAUUCAAC